AUCAAGAUCAUCAUCCCGGAAAGAAUGAGUGGAGUGGAAGAGAGCUUGGCGGAGCUGAGGCAAGCGUUCAAGAGCGGCCAGACAAGGAGCGUCUCGUGGAGGAAAAGCCAACUCAGGGCCAUCAUCGACCUCGUUCAGGACAACGAGGAGAACAUCUUCAGAGCCCUUUACCAGGAUCUUGGGAAGCACCCGGUCGAAUGUUACCGCGACGAGGUAGGAGUGGUACUGAAAUCAGCCAAGUAUUCUUUAAGCUUCCUGGAGAAAUGGAUGGCUCCUAAGAAGGGUCGUUUACCGUUGCUUUUUUUCCCGACGAGCGGAGAAGUAAUGCCUGAACCGCUCGGUGUAGUUCUGAUAUUUGCAUCAUGGAACUUCCCUCUUACACUCGCGUUGGACCCGUUAAUUGGGGCAAUAUCCGCCGGAAACACGGCGGUUCUGAAACCCUCGGAGCUAACCCCAGCUUGCUCCUCAUUUCUCGCCGACACCAUUCCUCGCUACUUAGAUUGCAGGACCAUCAAGGUCAUCAGCGGCGGUGCUGAUGUCGGAGGCCGAUUGCUUCAGCAGAAGUGGGACAAGAUAUUCUUCACCGGGAGUCCUAGAGGGGGACGCAUUGUCAUGUCGGCCGCUGCGAAGCAUCUAACACCGGUUACUCUGGAGCUCGGUGGAAAAUGCCCCGCCAUUCUAGAUACGCUCUCCAGUCCCUCGGACAUAACGAUAGCUGUCAAAAGAAUAGUCGGCGGAAAGUGGGGGCCGUGCGGCGGACAAGCAUGUAUAGGCAUAGAUUACUUGCUAGUCGAAAGAAAGUUUGCUUCGACUCUGAUAGACUUGCUGAAGCUGACAAUCAAGAAGUUCUAUGGCGAAGAACCUCAGAACUCGAAGAACAUGUGCAAAAUCAUCAAUAAGGCCCACUUCGAGAGAUUGCGCAAUCUGCUUGAAGACCCUGCUGUUGCGGCUUCCAUUGUACAUGGCGGUUCACUGCAUGAAAAAGAGCUGUUCAUUGAGCCAUCAAUUCUGCUGGAUCCUCCUCUUGAUGCUGAGAUAAUGACGGAAGAAAUCUUCGGCCCGGUGCUUCCGAUAAUCACGUUAAGCAACAUUCAAGAAAGCAUCGAAUUCAUAAACUCCAGGCCUAAGCCUCUUGCCAUAUAUGCCUUCACGAAAAAGGAUUCGUUCAAAAGGCAGAUAGUGUCGGAAACAUCCUCCGGAAGCGUCACAUUCAACGACACCAUGGUUCAGUUCCUGUGUGAUGAUCUGCCUUUCGGGGGCGUCGGCCAGAGCGGCUUCGGGAGGUUCCACGGGAAGUACUCUUUCGACGCUUUCAGCCACGAAAAAGCGGUCAUGACCAGAGGGUUCUUCCCCGAGAUCGAGCCGAGGUAUCCUCCGUGGAACGGCUUCAAGUUGCGGUUUAUCAGGCUCGCCUACGAUUUCGACUACCUCGGGCUGCUGCUUCUGAUGCUAGGAUUGAAAAGGUAAGAGAAACGGAAUGCCAAUGCUUAACUCUGCCAAAUGUACUUUUAUUAGCAGCCCUGUGAUUGGUUUUGCGUCGACUUUUCCCUUUGAGUUUCUGUCUGUAACAAG